CGCCUUACAUCAUAAUGAUAGGAUUUACAACACAUAGGGAAAUCACUUCAGAUGACAAAAUGAUAGACAAUCAUACAAUACUGGGAAUCAUGACCUGGACAAUUUGACAGACAUUUUGGUGGGACACAAUUCAAUACAUGACAACAAUUAAGGGAAAAAUAUCUCUAAAGGCUCCUCAGGGGCAAUAAUGACUUGUGAAAUGCUGGCCCAGAAGUCUGGAGGGAGGGGAGUAUUUGGUGAGAAGUGACUCCCAGACAGGUCCCUGCGUGGUGCAAAAGGUUUUGGCUGGACUACUAACCUAAAGGUUGGUAGUUAGAACCCUCCCAGCAUACCAUGGAAGAAAGGCCUAGCAAUCUGCUUCUGUAAAAGAUGACAGCCAAGAAAACUCUAUGGAGCAGUUCUACUCUAACAAACACAUGGGGUCGCCAUGAGUCAAAAUCUACUCAUGGCAAAUGUUUUGGUUUAACUCUCAGAAGACCCCCAUGCAUCUAUCAGUUGAUCAUACUGUGGAGGCUUGCCUGUUGCUGUGAUACUAGAAGUUAUGCCACUGGUAUUCAAAUAAACCAGCAUAGUCACCUAUGGAUGACAGGUUUCAGCUGAGCUUCCAGAUUAAGACAGACUAGGAAGAAGUACCUGGAGGUCCACUUCUGGGAAGAAUUAGCCAGUGAAAAUCUUAUGAAUAGCAGUGCAACAUUGAUAAAGGUUCAAAACAUGAGCCCUUGAUGUUGGAAGGCACUCACUCAAAAUACGACUGGGGAGAGCUGCCUCCUCAAAGUAGAGUUGAUCUUAAUGAUGUGGAUGGAGUCAAGCUUUCAGGACCUUCUAUUGUUGAUGUGGGAGGACUCAAAAGGAGAAGGAAGAGCUGCAAACAUCCAUUAAUAACCAGAACGUGGAAUGUAUGAAGUACGAAUUUAGGAAAAUUGGAAAUGGUCAAAAAUGAAAUGGAGAGCAUAAAUGUCAACAUCUUAGGCAUUAGUGAGCUGAAAUGGACUGGUACUGGCCACUUUGAAUUGGAUAAUCUUAUGGUAUGCUAUGGCGGGAAUGACAAAUUGGAGAGGAAUCCUUGCAUUCAUUGUCAAAAAGAACAUUUCAAUAUCUAUCCUGAAGAACAAUGCUGUCAGCGAUAGGAUAAUAUCCAUAUGCCUACACGGAACACAGGUGAAUGCAAGUAUUAUUCAAAUUUAUGCACCAACCACAAAGGCCAAAGAUGAAGAAAUUGAAGAUUUUUACCAACUUCUGCAGUCUGAAAUUCAUCAAACAUGCAAUCAGGAUACAUUGGUAAUUACUGGUGAUUGGAAUGCAAAAGUUGGAAACAAAGAAGGAUCGGUAAUUGGAAAAUAUGGCCUUGGUGAUAGAAACAACUGCGGAGAUCACAUGAUAGAAUUUUGGAAGACCAGUGACUUCCUCAUGCAAAUAUCUUUUUUCACCAGCAUAAAUGGCGACUACACAUGUCAAUCUCACCAGAUGGAAUACACAGGAAUUAAAUCGAUUACAUCUCUGGAAACAGAUGAUGGAAAAUCUCAAUAUCAUCAGUCAGAACAAGGCCAGGGACCGACUGCGGAUCAGACCAUCAAUUGCUUAUAUUCAAGUUCAAGUUGAAACUGAAGAAAACUGGAGCAAGUCCAUGAGAGUCAAAAUAUGACUUGAAUAUAUCCCACCUGAAUUUAGAGACGGUCCCAAGAGUAGAUUUGAGAUGUCGAACACUAAUAACUAAAGACCAGAGGAAUUAAGGAAUGACAUCAAGGACAUCAUACAUGAAGAAAACAAGCAGUCACUAAAAAAAUAGGAAAGAAAAACCAUAAUGGACAUCAGAAGAGACUCUGAAACCUGAUCGGCAUUUCUCAAGCUGAAAAACUGAAGAAAAGAUUCAAGCUUCGAGUUGGAAUAUUGAAGGAUUCUACUGGGAAAAUAUUAAAUGACGCUGGAAGCCAGUAAUUAUCAAUGCAACUUCAUUGCAUGUUUGAUCAAUUUCAAACUGUGGAAGUUGGUAAAAACCUUCAAUUCCUUUUUCUUUGAUCUUAGUGGUUGGCAGGUAAAUUUGAAUAAUAGUCAUAUUAUUAUUAACUCAUAUUAACUCGUCUUCCUUGUAAGCCUAUGGUUAUUAUCCUAUCACUGACAGUAUUGUACUUUAGGAUAGAUCUUGAAAUGUUUUUAAAAAUGAACACGAUCCCAUUCCUCUUCAAUUUGUUAUUCCUGGCAUAGUAGACCAUAUGAUUGUCUAAUUCAAAAUGGCCAAUAUCACUCCACUUCAGCUCAAAAACCAAAAAAAAAGAACAAAACCCGUUGCCAUCGAGUUGAUUCUGACUCAUGGCGAACCUAUAGGACAAAGUAGAACUGCCCUGUAUGGUUUCCCAGGAGUGCCUGGUGGAUUCAAACUGCCGACCUUUUGGUUAGCAGCCGUAGCUCUUAACCACUAUGCUACCAGGGUUUCCCACUUCAGCUCACUAAUACCGAAAAUAUCGAUGUUUAUGUGUUUCAUUUCACUUUUGAUGAUUUAGUAUUUUCCUAGAUUCAUGCUUUGUACAUUCCACCUUCUGGUUACUAAUGGAUCUCUGCAGCUGUUUCUUCUCAUUUUGAGUCAUGCCACACCAGCAAAUGAAGGUCCCCAAAACUUGUUAAAAUGCAAAUUCUGAUUUGGCAAGUCUGGGUGCGUCUAGGAUACUGCAUUCUUAAGAAAUUCCCAGGUGAUUCUGAUCCUGCUGGUCCAAAGAUCACACUUUGAAUAAUCAGACUAGAGAGCGUACAAUUUUGGGUCUGUGUUUAGUUUUCCAGAUAGAAGUGGCAGCAAAGGAAACAGUGGAAGUGUUUAGAAUUCCACAACUGAAGAAAAGUAGACUAAAGCAAUACUUUAUUAAUUCCUCUACUUCCAAUGAAAGGCAACAUUUCUGUGUUAUAGGUUUGCUGAUAAUUGAAUGGUGCUUUUGCCUCUGUCCUGGUAGGUAUUUCAUCCACAUGGAAUCAGCAAAUCAAACACAUGUUUCAAAAUUUCUUCUUCUGGGAUUUUCAGUGAAGUUAGAGAUUCAGCUCAUUCUCUUUGGGCUGUUCCUAUCCAUUUAUCUGGUCACCUUCACUGGGAACUUACUGAUCAUCCUGGCCAUCAGUGCUGACUCCCAACUCCACACACCUAUGUACUUCUUCCUCUCCAACUUGUCCUUUGCUGACAUCUGUUUCACCUCUACCACUAUACCAAAGAUGCUGGUGAAUAUCAAGAUGCAGAGCAAAUCCAUCCUCUAUGAAGGCUGCCUCACCCAGAUUUUUUUUUUCAUUGUUUUUGGAUGCCUGGACAAUUUACUCCUGACUGUGAUGGCCUAUGACCGCUUCGUGGCAAUCUGUCACCCCCUGAACUACACAGUCAUCAUGAACCCCCGGCUCUGUGGACAGCUGAUUCUGGGGUCCUGGUGCCUCAGUGUCAUGGGAUCCAUGCUAGAAAUUUUGCCAGUUUUGAAGCUGUCCUUCUGCACAUACACAGAAAUCCCCCUUUUUUGUGAUCUUCCUGAAGUCCUGAAGCUCACCUGUUCUGACACCCUAAUCAAUAACAUUGUGGUGUAUUUGGUGACUGGCUUCCUGGCCUUCAUUCCUUUCACUGGAAUACUUUUCUCUUAUUCUCAGAUUGCCUCCUCCAUAUUGACAAUUUCAUCAGCCGGAGGGAAGUAUAAAGCUUUUUCCACUUGUGGGUCUCACCUCUCUGUUGUCUCCUUAUUCUAUGGCACAGGCCUUGGGGUCUACCUCAGCUCUGCAGCCACACCGACCUCUAGAACAAGUCUGAUGGCUUCGGUGAUGUAUACCAUGAUCACACCCAUGUUGAAUCCCUUCAUCUACAGUCUAAGGAACAGGGACGUUAAAGGGGUACUGGGGAGGCUCCUUGGAAGGGCAGCUGCCUCUCAGUGAUGGAUCUGUUGGAGGACCAUCAUGAGCAGCAGGGCUAACACCACUGAUGACCAGAAAUCCUGGCCACUUUCACCCAACAGUUUGACGCUGUGUAGUUUUAUAUGUUUUAUGCAACUCUUUCCUUGGGUCUUCCUUUGGUGUCUUUCCUAUGCUCUCUACUGAUCAUAAAGUUAUAUAUUAGGUGCCCCUUUUCACUUUCUCAUAGAUUUUAGAUGUAUCCAAGCAGCAGUUUAUCCUCUUUUAUUUUUGUUAUCACUAUAAUUUACCAGGUCUUGAUUUUCACCAUUUUUUAAGACACUUUUUCAUCAGUAACACCUUCAAAUGCACACUAUGGUUGAAGCACUGAACCUGGCCCUUUACCUGUUUUUGUAAAUGAAGUUUUAUUGGAACACAUCCAUGCAUAUCGGUGUAUGUGCUGUCUAUGGCUGCCUUCCUGUUGCAACAACAAAGCUGUGUCAUUGCCGCAGAAAGUACCUGUCCUGCAAAGCCUGACACACAUAUUUACCAUCUGGCUCUUUACUGAAAAGGUUACCAAUACUUUGAAUUAAAGUAUUCCCAUCUCUUCUAUUCUGAACUUUCUUCCUUAAGCAUCUCAGGAUAACACCAAUAUUCUAUAGUAGUAACAUGAAAUUCUACACAAAACUCCUUUCUUGCAAUUAAUAUAUGUGAUUAGAAUUUUUUUUUCUGUAUAUGUGCUUCAGUAAAUCAAACAAUAAAUGGUACUUUUCCUAAUAACCUAAAUAGGAAUUAGCGUAGAGGCUGGAACUUUGUAUUUUUUUAUAUCUUCAUAUUCCUUCUACCAACAAAAUCUCUGAAACAGAAAAAAAGUGAAAUAAUUUUUUGAAUGAAUAAAUCUAAAUUAGUUUAAAUCCUAGCUUCCGUUAUGCUGUGUCACGGAUUCAAAAUCAUAUCUAUAGACUGAGGACUCCAAAAUGCCUAUCUCCAGAUAGGAUCAUUCCAGAUUUAUAGAUCCUCCAUGUGGA